AUGGCAUUCCUUGCACGACCAAUGAGUGCUCUGCGGCCCAUUUCGAGAGCUCUUUACAGACCAGCCGCUACUUUCCACACUUCAGCUUCGAGACGAGCUCUGAGUGAACAGGAUAGAGAUGACGAUGACCGCCAUUCCAAAAUCGACCAUCAUCAAUCCGAUUCUAUCGAUCGCGCAAAGUCGGGCAAGGGCGAAUGGAAGCCCGAACUCGCGUCACAAUCCGAGCAGGUGGUUAACGGGGACAAGCACAACAUGUCCAUGGAGGAGAUGACCAAGAUGGGAGAGCAAAAGGCAGAGGAGGGAAAGAAGCCUAGCGGAAGCUCGAGCUCGCAAGGUGCCAACAAGAAUUAG